GUGGAGGCAGGGGGUGAAAAGCCAGUGAGGAGGUGGAGUCGUGUUCAGAGGGAGGAAGCCCCAGCAGAAGAGCAGGAAAAAAGAGAAAAACCACCAGACACAACAACAUCGGGAGGAGGACGGUGGAUUAACUCUGACAACUGAGGCAAUUCAAAUAAAGAGAAGCGCCGCUGUGAAGAAGGGAGGACAGCAAGAUGAUAACGCCUUAUUUCCUGGAAAAUUUCUGGGGCGAUAAAAAUAAUGGAUUUGAUGUACUGUACCACAACAUGAAACAUGGCCAGAUAUCCAGCAAAGAGCUAUCAGAGUUCAUCAGAGAAAGAGCCACCAUAGAGGAGGCAUAUUCAAGAUCAAUGACCAAACUGGCCAAGACUGCCAGCAACUGCUCUCAACUAGGGACGUUUGCACCGGUGUGGGAUGUGUUUAAACAGUCCACCGAGAAACUGGGAGCGUGUCACAUGGAGCUGGUCCGCAAACUUCAAGAGCUCAUCAAGGAAGUGCAGAAAUAUGUGGAGGAACAAGCCAAAAAUCAUAAGAAGACAAAGGAGGAGGUGGCAUCCACUCUGGAGGCUGUGCAGACCAUCCAAAGUGUGUCUCAGGCCUUACAGAAGAGCAAAGAGAACUACAUCAGCAAAACACUAGAGCAGGAACGCAUGCGCAAAGAGGGGGCCACACAGAGAGACCUGGACAAGGCUGGGUUGAAGGUCAAGAAAGCCACUGAGACCUAUAAGUCAUAUGUGGAGAAAUAUGCCACUGCAAAGACAGAAUUUGAGCAAAGAAUGACAGAAACCGCACAAAAAUUCCAGGGCAUUGAAGAGGAACAUGUUCUGCGUAUACAGGAGAUUAUCCAUUCAUACUGUCAGUCUGUUGAAGAGACGCACAUACAGAUAGGAGAGGUGCAAGAAGAGUUUGUGAAAAACAUGGAGAACACUUCCGUCGAGAGCCUCAUACAGAAACUGGCAGAAAGCAAAGGGACAGGCAAAGAGAGACCAGGGCCCAUUGAAUUUGAGGAAUGUAAUGUCUCAAUCGCCACAGAAGCUGUUAAACCCAGAAAAAGGAAGACCUUUGCCAUACCAGGCAGACGGAGAGAUAAAGACACAGAUUCCACUGAAUCGGCUGAAGUAGAAGCGGCUAACACUUCCAACGGAGCUCCCCCGGGUUUCUACGGUGCUAUAGAUCUUCAUAACGCCAAUGUGCCUCAGCUGGACGAGGAGGGCUUCUGUAUCCGACCAGAAGUCAACGAGAAUGAUGCCAAAGAGAACUCCUUUUAUUCAUCCAGUGACUCAGAAGAUGAAGACGAGCCAAGAAAAUUCCACGUCCAGAUCAAACCCGUGCAGACCAACAACGGCACACACCAGCACAAAGCCACCAUCGACGAGCUGAAGGCCUCUAUUGGAAACAUCACCCUCUCGCCCACCCCUGCUGUUCAUAUGAAGAGAAACCAAUCCAGAAUGACACGGCAACAAACAUUCCCUGCUAUAAAACCAAAGGCAGGUGAUGAACUGGGACGGUCCAAGAUAGCGCAGACAUCCUUUAAUGAUAAUGACCUGCUGUCUUUGGAUCCAUUUGGCCCGACCAGCACUGGCUCCAGCUCCUCGCUACCCCACUCAUCAGACCUGGCUUCUCUCUUCUUAGCAUCUUUCCCUACAUCUCCCCCACUGCAGUUAAAUGAUGAGGUUUUUGAAGAUCCAGAAGUGGAUUUACAGUGGGAGCCCACCUCUCCUUCAGCAGUCAGUCUUGAGAUUACCAAGGCUCCUUCUUUCCCCCUUCCCUCCAAACUGCCGCCUCCUGCUGGUCUUGCCAAGCUGAGCUCCUCGCCAUUCCCUGUUCUCCCCUCUGCUCCCUCCAUCUCUCCUUGGGAGCUUCCUGAAACGGCUGUUGCUUUCCGCCACCCUGGCCCAACUCGAGCAAUGAGUGUGCCUCCAGCCCUACAGUCCACUUCUAAGGACUGUGCUACCCACAAGCCCCCUCUCAGUGCUCCCGCAGCUGGUCCAGACAUGUUUUCUUCUUGGGCCCAGAACCAAUGGAUUGCCUUUCCAUGUCGUGGACCGUCCCAUCAACCAGCGAGGCCUCGUUCAGUGCCCGUGUCUCAACAGCUCAAGGUUUUCUCCAGAGAGCCUGCUGACCCAUUUGGCAGCACUGGGAGAGAGGAGAGCACCCCCACUCUAAAGGAAGCACCAGCCCGACCCAUGCAGGAUGUACCACCUCCAAACAGGCCAACCACUCCCCUGGGCACAGCAACCAUUGUCCCGCCUCCAAGACCAUUAUCACGGCCCAAACUACCUACAGGCAAGCUGACGGGCAUCAAUGAGGCUGGCCGACCGUUCAGCCCUCCUAAGAUAUCCAACUCCAGCCCUCCUCCCGCUGCUCCUCUGGCUCAUGCAGAGAGCUCCUCCUCUCUCAGCUCAAACACUUCCUUGAGCACCAGCAACACACCUACUGUCGAGGAUGAUCUGUUCGUGGGGAAACUGCCCACUUUUGAGAAGAGAUGUGAGACUCCAGCAGGUACAGUGGAAAGAACCCAGAAGAACAUUUUGUUCUAACUUACUAACAGACUCAUGAAUUAUCAUCUGUCCUUGAUCAACCAACUGCAUUGCCCCAUCUGGUAAACCACACCCUGUUCUCAGUCUGUGACUCACCAUUUAAUCUUCAGUGUAUUCUACUUGCCUGUUGUGUUGUGGCUGAUGAGGAUGCAUGGCAGAAAAUUGCUCAAAGAUGUCUUUUCCUUUUUCCUGUUGAUUUUUCAUUGUUUGUCAUUACAAAGGUUUGAAUUGUCUGAAUUGAAUCACAUUCCUCCUACUAUUUUAGAUUCAUACUUAAAUGUCUGUUUUUUAAUGUUUUUU